AUGGCAUGCUUCAAACCUUUUGGGGAUGUGGUGAUUCACACCAUAGAAGAGUCUGACGAUCACACUCUGACCAGCGAGACCAACCAGGACAACACCGUAGCACACGUUAAAGUCAAGCGCGAGUCACCACAGCUUCCUGACAUCGGCUUUGGUGCAUUCAGACCGAGAAGAUCGUUGUCCCAGAUGAGAAAGGAGCGUACCAACCACCCACUGGUCACCAGACUCACUGCAGGUCAAAACGUCGCAUACACAGACAAGCUGGACAGAAUUAAGAAGAAGCUGGAGAAGAAGACUGUUGAAGAGCUUACUGAUCUCUACAAUGGUUCCAAGGAUUCCUCCUUUCACAAAAUCAUCAUGGAGGUCUUCCACGAGAAACGCAUGGCUACGCUUGAGGAUUGGGAGAAACAGAUUGAAACAAUGUCUAAACCCCCACAGCCAUUUCCCGCGCACACUGCGCAUAUCGAGGAUUCCGAUGAUGACAUCGAAGUGUUGGUGUUCAAAGAUUCCGGCCGCGUAAACAACACCAUCACAACUCCCACCAUCAACACAAACAACGAACAAAGCAACAAACCUUCAGUCCACACCCGUCUGAAAUAUCUAGCACCAAAGCCACCACAGAGACCACUCGCAACAGAGAACAAAAUGGCACGCGCCGGUUCACGCGAGAAUAUCCCUAAUCAUCACAACCCUCACACCCACAAAAGCUCUAGUUCUCCCACAGGUCGUCAAAGUCUCUUCGGCGGCCCCUUCGGAGACGAUUCAAUCGGGGGCAAUUCGAAUAUCAUCGAUAUGGACCAAGUCAUCAAAAAUCUACUCAAGGAGGAACCCGGAAGCACAACCCCUGACAGUCUCAUCGCCCACAGCUCCAGAAGCACUACUCCAACUCAAACCAACACCGUCAACCACAACACCGCCUCAAAGGUCUCCAAAUCCAACCCCUCGCACAUCGCCCUCUUCGACACCCUGUCGCCAUCUCAGAGUCUAGGUCGGAAACGCAAACUCACCUCGAUCCGCAACAAACUCAAGGCAAAAACCUGCGAAGAACUACACGAGAUCUACAACAGCACCGACGAUCCAGACUUUCGUAAGUUGAUGAGUGAGGUCUACUACGAGAAUUGCAUGGAGAGACUUGAUGAUUGGGAGAGGAAGCUUUGA